GUCUGCUAAAUCCCAUUAGCAAAACACUGACACACAAUCUCUCUACAAGAAACUGCAUUUCCAGCUGAUGGAGAGGAAAGCCCUAAAUAGAACAAGGAGUAAACAAAGAAGCAACAAAAAAGGCAGGAAGAGAAUGAACAAGGGUUCACUUUCCAGACACUUUACUGUUUCCCUACCUCCGUUACCUAAUCAACAACAGCUGCAAUCCACAUUUUCUAAUGUUCCUUUACAAAAUCCUUCUCGAUUCCAGAAGCUUCUAGAUUCUGAAGAAGCAGCUCAAUCUCAUUUCCCUUCAAUCUCGCCGUUGAAUUUUGAUGAUAAAGCUGAUGCUGAUGAUGUUGCUGAAAAGGAUUUCAUUCUCAGCCAAGACUUCUUCUGUACUCCGGACUACAUAACACCUGAUGCACCUGCAAUUUGUAAUGGGCUUGAUCUUGAUAAGGAUGAUUAUACUCCUUGUCCCAAGUCACCUGAGAAGCUUUUCACUGUAGCAAGAAAGAGGCAGCGACUGGAUGUUGCAUCAGUAAUGUCUCUUACUUCCGAUUUACCUGACCAGCAACAGCUAGCAGAUAUGGCAGAUAUCCCGACAGAUACUUUUGGGACAGACGAAAUAGAAUCAGAAAAGAUAAGUGAGCCAGAAAAAGGUCCCAGUUAUGUGUCACAAUCUGCUAUUGCUUUAAGAUAUCGAGUCAUGCCUCCUCCUUGCAUUAGAAACCCUUAUCUCGGGGAUGCUUCCGAGAUAGAUGUUGAUCCUUUUGGAAACCGGAGAUCCAAGUGCCCAGGUUUUAACCCUGCAAUUUUUGGUAAUGAUGGUCUGUCACGGUAUCGGACUGAUUUCCAUGAAAUUGAGCAAAUUGGUAGCGGGAACUUCAGCCGCGUUUUCAAAGUCUUUAAGAGAAUUGAUGGAUGUAUGUAUGCAGUGAAACAUAGCACUAGACAGUUACAUCAAGACACAGAUAGGAGAAAGGCUUUGAUGGAAGUGCAAGCUUUAGCUGCUUUAGGACCUCAUGAGAAUGUAGUUGGCUAUUAUUCUUCUUGGUUUGAAAAUGAACACCUUUACAUCCAAAUGGAGCUCUGUGACCACAGCUUAUCCAACAAAAAAUAUUCUAAACUAUAUUCGGAGGUAGAAGUUUUGGAAGCAAUGUAUCAGGUAGCCAAGGCAUUGCAAUAUAUACAUCACAGAGGGGUAGCUCAUUUAGAUGUAAAGCCAGAUAAUAUUUAUGUGAAAAGUGGUGUAUAUAAGCUUGGUGAUUUUGGAUGUGCAACUCUUCUGGAUAAGAGCCAGCCAAUUGAAGAGGGCGAUGCACGUUAUAUGCCCCAAGAAAUACUUAACGAGUACUAUGAUCAUCUCGACAAAGUUGACAUAUUCUCCUUGGGCGCCGCAAUCUAUGAACUUAUUAGAGGGUCUCCACUGCCAGAAUCAGGGUCUCAUUUUCUAAACCUCAGGGAGGGGAAAUUGCCUCUUCUUCCGGGUCACUCAUUGCAAUUUCAGAAUCUACUCAAGGCAAUGAUCGACCCAGAUCCAACACGCCGUCCUUCUGCAAAAAGCCUUGUGGAUAAUCCAAUCUUUGAAAGAUGGCAAAGAAAUGCUAACAAGUAGAUAGCCAUGUAAAUUGCUAUUUUCUGAUUUGUUGCGAGCUAUUUUUGCCAAGACCCAGAAUCCAAAGCUGCAGUUUCUCGUGCAGCAUUCUGGUGUUGGUAUAUAACCAUCUCUGAUAACAGAGACAUGGCUCAUAUUAGAUGGAGAUGAGGGGAAAAAAACAAUCUUCCAAACAGGCUAUCAUGCACCAAAUUUUCCCAUUUUGAUGGUGCUACUUUUGCCAAAUAUUGUACUAUGUAUCAAGAGGAAAUGUUGUAUCCUAAUUGGCGAACAAACUGUGGUUUGUAUGGAAUCUUUUCUCAAAAAGGUGCUUUGGGAGAAC